CUGCAUCCUGGAGCAACAGAAACUUCCAAGUUUACCCGCCAAACAGCGGGAGACUGUCUCUGUGCUCUAUGAGGCUGCUCGACGGGAAGAAGAACAUCAAGUGUCUCGAGGACUGUAUACGAGCAUCUUCGAGUGUGUGCUUGGCCCUUCCGUGCAGAUAGCAUUCGAGUUCAUGGAACGUGACUUCCGCAAAAGCGAUCUCGCGGGACGAGACGCACUAAGGCGCUUGAUGACGCACCUCGCGCAAAAGUCCGGGCGCCUGCCGGAGUCGUUCCUGCUUUCGCACGUUAGCAAGUACGCACCGUCAGGCUCUACGCCUGAGCCCGUCGCUGGUGGUAGUUUUGCCGAGGUCUAUCGGGGCUUCGUCGAGGAGAAGGGCGAGAAAAAGCUUGUUGCGCUCAAGGCCCUCCGCAUUCUCGGGAAUACCUACAAUAUACAGCAGCGUAAGAAGCAAAUGUACCUUGAGGUGCUCACUUGUCGCCAGCUGCAGCAUCGCAAUGUGCUCAGGAUCCUUGGGGUGUCGCGUGAUCUUGAUUCCUUCUGCAUUAUUACGCCUUGGGUCGCCAAUGGGAACGUUCACGACUACUUAGAGGUUGUGAGCUCUCGGCAUGUGGGCGCUCCUACAUGGCUCCUCAACCGAUGGAUCAACCAUAUCGCGAACGGCAUGGCGUAUUUGCAUGCAGAAGGGGUAGUCCACGGAGACCUCAGAGGUGUCAAUAUUCUUGUGGACGGAGAAGAGAAUGCGCAGAUUGGAGACUUCGGCCUGGCGACAUUCAUUCACGGACAUAGCCGCAACUACGAGUCACUCCGCACUGGCAACUUCCAGUGGCAGGCGCCAGAAAUUAUGCUUGCUGAAGGGAGUGACUCGACAAGGAUAACACCCGCAAGCGACGUGUACUCGUUUUCACAUGUGUGCAUCGAGUUGUACUCGGGCCAGCCGUCUCCGUACCCCGACCGGGCGAACGCGACGAACGGCGUCGGCCUCAUGAGGUUCGCCGAAGAAAUUACCAGGGCAAAGAACCCGAAGAGGCCCUUGCACCCGAAGCACAUCCCCGAUGAGCUCUGGGGCCUGCUCCAGAAGUGCUGGCAUGCUGACCCGUCCGGGCGCCCCUCGUCUAAACGGGUUGUAUCGAGUGUCGCUUCGCUCAGCCAGCGGACGCCCAGCCGGAAGUAAGGAACUAACUCGGUGAAUACGACUUAUGAUCGCCACUGUAUCAACGUCUCGUCGCUUGUAUCAAACCACGUUGACUGGACGAUGUCUAUGAUGUACAUGCUGACACGUCUCCCCAUUUUUUUGGGUCAAUGUUGUAUAGUGGUAUGCUAGAAGUCCUCUAUCAG